AUGGCAUAUUUCGCCCAAGCCGACUUGCAAUCGCAUGAACAGAACGAGAAGGCGCAUAAACUCCUACGCGUCGCACCUCAAGAUAGUCCAGCAUCGCCGUACCUCCGGCCCGGUGCAUCCAACGUGCUGUCGCGCUCGCCAAUACUGGUACUAAGUACGCUAGAUUCCGCUCAGAACCCAUGCAUCACGAUCUGGGAAGGGAAAGCGGGCUUCACCCAAGGUAUUGGGCAGUCCAACAUGGUCAUAAGAGCUAUUGUGAAAAGUAAGCAUGACCUAGUGGUCGAGGAGUUAUUAGGUUCCGAAGCAGUGGGAGAGGUCGUGCGGGAUAGUGGGCCUAGGAAAAUGGUCAGCAUGCUUGGAAUUGAUCUUAAAGCACGUACAAGAGUGAAGCUGUACGGUCAAUUAGUAUCUGGUGCUCAAGCUGAGGUUGAGAACGGUACUAGCGAGGUCCUGCUCGUUAUACGUGUGGAGAGAAGUUUCGUCUCUCGUCUGGAAUCGUUUAGCCCGAAGCAAAUGUUGCCAAACAUUUUGUUGCCUUGGCUUGUAUCACACUCGCUACCUUUGAUAUCCGAUAUUGUCGACAUCUUUGCAAGAGCAGAGGUACUUUUUAUAUCAUCUUCGAAUCAUGAUCCCUACUUGGAUAUUGACCAGCGAAGUGGCCCGCCAGGUUUCGUACACCUUGAUACAAACGACGAGAAUGGCUGUAGACUAGUCUACCCCGAGUACUCUGGCGUUCGAUUAUACCAAACCUUAGACGGCGGAGGCAGGAUCCCCACAGCUGCACUACUUGUCCCGGACUUCCGUACUGGCAAUGCCGUCUUCAUCAGAGGAAGAAAGGAAGUACUAACGCGUGAGGAUGCAAUCCGAACCCUACCGCGGAGUAAUACUGCGGUCAAGAUCAAUGUUGAGUCUAUACGGUAUAUUGAGAACAGCUUGACAUUCCGUGCCGUGCGAGAUUUCCGGGCCACAAACGCACAUGGCAUUUCUUCUGUUGCAAAGGCGCUCCACGAUAAACCCCAGAGGAAGCAGACUUGUGCAAGACUGGUUGACAAGCAGCUAUUAACGCCGACAAUCGCUCGAUUCGGCUUUCAGAUCAUCGAUGUUGGGAAGACGAGCCGAUGGGAGUCAGGUCAAUAUGUUACGCUAGAUUUCGAGACGCUACUUCGCCCUCACCUGAGCAGUGAGGCCAAAGUCUCCGAUAAUACCUAUGCUCGGAAGUGGACAAUCUCCUCAGGGGCGGGCGAAUUUUUAGGAUACAAUCGACUUGAAAUUACCAUUCGCAAAGUCGGUAUCGUCACAAACUAUUUGUUUAGUCAGGAUGCAGAGAUUGGGCUCGGCCUUCCCCUUCUAGGUUUCGGCGGCGAGUUUAUCUUCCAGCAGAAAGCUCGAGAGACGAUAGGGAUUGUAGCUGGGGGCGUGGGAAUAACGCCAUUGCUAGCCCAGACCGGCCGUCUCCAUCUAUCUCGGGUGCAGGUGUAUUGGACCGUGAAAGCUGAGGACCUUGGCCUGGUCGUGGAUUCAUUCGAGAGAGCACCGGGCUUAUGUGACUGCACACGGCUAUUCGUAACCGGGGAGAUCGAUGAUAAGGGUGCUCAAAAUUUGGCCAAGAUUAAUGCUACAGAUUCCAUGGUAGAAACGCGUAGGAUGGCGUACGAUGAUUUCCAACUGAGCUCUGAGAGUCCAGACAAUGCUAUCAAAAAGUGGUACGUGUGUACCGGAGCGGCUCUCCGAAAGACGUUAUUAGAGUGGUUAAAUGAUCGGAAUGUGAUUUUCGAAACAUUCAACUAUUGA